AUGGCCCAAAGUUUUUGGCGUCAAGACGAAGUCGAUUUUUCUGCCUCAAAUUCUGAAGGUAUGUCCAGAGGCCUUAUCAUUUUAUGGAAUGCUAGAAUUAUGGAGGUGUUGCUUAGUUUUAGAGGGCCAGAUUUUCUUGGUAUUAAAGUUAUAUGGAAGGAUAGGAUGUAUUAUGUGUGCAACGUAUAUUCUGCCUGUGUUCUGUCAGCGAAGCGUACUCUUUGGGCUAAAUUGCUGGAUUUGCAGGCUUGUUAUUGUGACGGUGAGUGGCUUAUCGGGGGCGAUUUUAAUGCCGUUAAGAAUAGAGGAGAGAGAUUAGGAAGGUCCGUGGGAGGCAACCAAACAGAGUGGGGAGAGUUUUCCAGCUUUAUAGACAAUUCUGGUUUAAUUGACGUUCCAUGUAAAGGGAAGAGAUUCAGUUGGUUCAGCGGAGACGGAAAACACAAAAGUCGUAUUGAUAGGUUUCUCGUGUCUAACAAUAUCAUCUCUAGGUGGGGAGUAGUUGGGCAACUCGUGGGGUUGAGAGACAUUUCUGACCACUGUCCCGAGUGGUUAGUGGUGGAUAACAAGGAUUGGGGACCGAAGCCAUUUAAAUUCAACAACGAGUGGUUUCAACAUAAAGAACUCAUGCCUUUUUUGGAAAGGGAAUGGAAGGAGCUGAUUGUUAACGGUCAUGGUGAUUAUGUCUUGAAGGAAAAAUUGAGAAUCUUAAAAAGGAAAAUAUUAUGGUGGAGUGCUAACAUCUUCGGCAAAAUCGAUUUGGACAUGGAGGAAGGGGUGAGGGAGAUCAAUUCUAUCGAUGAUCUUGAUCCGGAUAUUGUGGUGGAGGAGGACGUUAGGGGUAACGCGAAUAGAAAGUUUUGGUUGAAUCUUAAAAUCAAGGAGAACAUGAUUAAACAAAAGGCGAGAGUGAGAUGGAUAAAUGAUGGUGACGUUAACAGUAAGUAUUUUCAUUCGCUUAUGAAAAAAAGGCUUGAGAAGGAAUUACAUAGGAGCUAUCUCUACUGA